AAGCGUAGCCAUUUUAGAAAAUCAAAACAGUGAAAAUUUCGGUACGUUAGUGCGCGGUCUAGAAAAAAAGUAUUUUUUCUUAAUUCAAUCAGUCGUGAUACCGUAGAAAAAUGUAUCUAUCGAAUGGAAUUUGAAAGGUUUAUCGGGAAUUAUGUGGCUGAGGAGCGAAACCAGAGACCGACGUUUGCGGUCCAGUGGUGCCCGGAUGACCGUAAAAAAUAAAAAGCAUGUGAAAUGCCAACAAAAACUAAAACGAAUCACACCGGAGGCCGUAAUUGGAACACGGAGAAGUUCGCAUCUUCCUUCACCGGUAUCCGGUCGCUGUCGAGCAAUUGUAACAUCCGUUGGUACUACAGCCAUCACCACACGUACUUCGGCCCGCACGGCAAAUCGGACCAGUCCGAAGCGGCCAGUUAAUCCCAAUCGAAGAACGAACAAAUCUUUGGUGUUGACUGCUAGUAACGAAACGAUUCCAGAGGAUUGCAAAGAAAACUGUUGGCAGGACAGCAAUGAUCUCACGCUUUUCGAUUCCUCUGUCAAUCUGAAAAAUCAGUAUGAAACUACCAAUCUGUACUCAAAGAAAACAGAUGAGAUUGGAUCGCCGGACGAUUGUAUCAAUCAAUUUGGUGUAAUUAGUUACGAUUCGAAUAAAUCGGGGAACGUCGUACCGACUAACGUUUUGGGUACUCCUCAGUCUGUUGAUCCAUUGAAAUCAAAAUGCAUAACAGAGUGUGAUAGCACCACGGAUGCAAUCCUGUGCGAUGAAAGUUUUCCAUCAACGUCUGGAUUUGGUAGUCGUCGGUCUAAGAAUCCACUGGAAUGCUCUCCUCAAACGCAUGAUGUGGUGGUUCCGGAAGUGGAUUCUACAACCGACACUAUCCCUGAUACAACAAAUGAAUUGGAAUCGACAGCGACUAACAUCAUAUCUUCGUUUCCCUUAUCGGCGUCUUCGUCAUCCUCGUCGUCGUCCUCAUCUUCAUCAUCUUCCUCGUUGUCAUCCACUUUUCAGCCCGCAGGUUACAGCAGUUGUUCGUCAGUAUCUGGUGUAGAGGAUCUGCCAGCUUCUAGCAGUUAUUCACCGAAUGCUACCGCAUCGGAUUUGAUCUCUAUGUUCGACGAUGAACAUUAUAAAAGUACUGCUGAGCUAUGCCAGUAUACCGACUUUCCUUACAAUACAUUGCUGACCCAAGCAUUGCUGAAUUGCGGUGAUGUUUCUAGUCUCAGUGUAGGUUGCAGUCAGGUGCUUGCAGAAAAUAUGACGGUGGGGAUGAAUGAUUCUGGUUUUCUAUCAUCGAUCAACCCAACGGCAAUUGAGAAUUUGAAGGCUUUAACCAACUAUCAAACUUUGAGCAGCAUUGAUGAAGCCGGACCAAGUUCUAGUGGUGUGUACCUAACUGAGAUCGGUGUUGUAAGGGAAUCCACGAGCAUGGGUGAUCAUGGUAAUGUCCAGAUAGAAACAGAAUCACUGAUUCAUAACAUAGAAUGUAACGAAAGGAUUCCCAUGUGCGGUGAUGAGGGUGAGGCUGGAAUGCAGUUGGAGUCCGACGAGUGCAUGGAUGUUGAGGAUUCCAACGACGGCCAGCAAAGGCAUAUGACAUGGGAACCGUUCGAUCCUUACGUGUUCAUUAAACACCUGCCUCCAUUGACAAACGAGAUGCGCUCCGAGUGUCCUGCUCUGCCACUAAAAACUCGUUCUAGUCCCGAAUUUAGCCUUGUGCUAGAUUUGGACGAGACAUUGGUACACUGCAGUUUGGAAGAGUUGUCGGAUGCCAGUUUCAAAUUUCCGGUGCUAUUCCAGGAGCGCAAAUACAUGGUGUUUGUACGCACGCGACCAUUUUUCCGCGAAUUUCUCGAGAAGGUUUCACAGUUGUUUGAGGUGAUUUUGUUCACUGCGUCUAAGCGGGUCUACGCGGAUAAGUUACUCAACCUGUUGGACCCCGAGCGAAGACUUAUUAAAUAUCGUCUGUUCCGUGAGCAUUGCGUAGUAGUCAAGGAUAACUAUAUCAAAGAUUUGACCAUUCUUGGGCGAGAUUUGUCUAAGACGAUUAUCAUAGACAACUCUCCACAAGCAUUUGGGUAUCAACUUGAGAAUGGUAUUCCCAUUGAAAGCUGGUAUAUGGACAAAAAUGACUCAGAAUUGAUGAAAAUACUACCUUUUUUAGAAAGGCUAGCGGAAAUGAGACAGGAUGUUCGACCGCAUAUACGCGAGAAAUAUCGUUUGUUUUCGUAUUUGCCACCAGACUAAGAUAAUCCGUAUUGUUCUAACAGUAUGUUGACUUGUCUGAAAAGCAAAACAACGGCAUCUUCUAGGCAAGUGUUUCUGUUUCCACUGCACUACUGCGAACGGUGAAACUAAAUUUAUACUAAACCAAUUAGAUAACAAAAGAUACAUAAACAUACACAUUUAGACAAAGUAAACAAAACAACAAGAUUAAGUUAAAAAAUGAAGCAUAAAUUAACACACAUUUUUAGAGGCUUAAGCGUCUACAUGUUGAACGACAGAAAUCAAAUAAAACAAAUACCCGUACAAUACAGAUUGAAAAUUUCACACAUACAUGAUGAGAGUCCGAGCAAAUUAAAAUUUCGUGGACCUAAUUGUAAAGGUUACUGUUUUCACUUAGUUACAGUGGGUUUAAAAUCCCUGAUUAUGAAAAUUAAGCAUUAACAAAGUAUAAGUUAACUGAUAACAAACAAAUCAAGUUAAGCGUAGAAUGCAAUAAGAUAAACAAUUUAAUCGACACAUGCAACAUAUUUAAUUAGAAGCGUAGUCGUUAGCUUUACUAAAACGAAAUUUAAAUAUGCAACAUUUUCAACCAUUAAGUUGUGAACAUAUAUCAUUGUUUAUAUUGUCCUAUACAAGCGAUCAUUAUUGUUAUAAAUAAUUUGAUAUUAUUUUUAUUUAUUGAGGAAACUUCCAUGUAUCAUUGCUGUAUAUGAUUAGUUUUUAAGAUGAUAUAAUUAUACAUUGUUCUUUCGUGUACAGAAAAUCCUAGUAAUGAAUUUUCAGUCAAAACUAGUGAAAACCAAUCGAAUGAUCAUCCAUGUUUAUCCGUUGUAACUGGCGUAACAGAAAGAAUGUCCUGAAUUAAUCCGUUUCAUUGAUUUAUUGAAUUCGUAAGAGAUUUUUAAUUUGGGCCAUCAUCCGAUCAUUAUUAGAAUGCUUGUGAUGAUUUAGGGUUAUUGGUUUAAAAAGCACCAAAUCAUACCCUAUCGCAAAUAGAUAACAUCAUUUGGAACUCUUCAAGUUGCUUCAUCAAGAAUACGAAUAUAGAACCGUGCUUUAAAUCAUUUAAGCAGUCGAGCUUAUAAAGCUUUGUUUUUAUCUAACAGAUUGGUGGAUUAAACAACAGGAACUGCGCAGAACAACUGACACAGGAAGCCUAAUUCGAGAAUACAAUGAUUAUUUUCAAAACAA